AGUGACACUUCAACUCAAGACAUUAUAACGACUUACUAUUUAAUGUCAGGACAUUAACCAAAUAUUUAUAAACUGAUAUUUUAUCGCGCUGUCAUGGAAAACGUAACAUUUAUAGUUCUGCUGCUUCUCUUUGUGGUUUGUGGUAGUAAUUGUCCAUCCACCUGGUACGCCAUUCCUGAAAACCGGUGCAUCAAGGUAAUCAUAGGCCCGGUAAAUUUGGUUGACGUUCCUGACAGUAAGCUGUGCGAGAAAUACACCAUUGGCACAAAGGUUGCAUCAUAUUUUUCUGUGACAUCUCCAAAUGACUUGGCCAUACUAAAUAAUUUUAAUCCUUGGGUAUUACUCAUCUACUUGGAUUGGAACUACGUCGGAUCAAACUACUAUUAUAACGAUGGAGCUUUGGUUAAAAUAGAUGACUAUUCAUUAAGGGAUCACACUUCAAGUGGAGAGGGUUGUGUUGGUGUUGCUGUGAACCUGUCUGGCCAAUAUGUGUUUGUUGGUUGCUAUAAUGUAGACGUUGCAUACUGUUGUGAAAUAAGACUUUGAAACCAUGCAAGUAUAAGUAACAUUGUCUAAUAGUAGUAGUAAUAGUAGU